CUCAUCCACUCCACCCCCACUUUUCCUACUCUCCUCCAUUCCUCAUCAUGACCUUCCCGCUGUCCUGAAAGCUGCGUAUCGUUCAAUCCGAUCUGUAGUAUCACUCCAACUGUUAACAUCUGGGGCUCAGGUCAUCCCCCAAUUCCCAAUUCCCUUGCCCGCUUUCUUCCCCUGCAAUUUCUCUGUUAAGACUACCUACUAUAUCCCCCUACCCUAAAGGAGAGAGAGAGAGGAAGGAGAAAAAAAGAUCUUUUUCUCUUCAAGAUAGGAACUAGGGAAAAGAGAGAGAGAGAGAGAGAAAAAAAAAAGUGGACCGACUAUGAACUGGUCUUGUUGAAGAAAGAACAUCAUAAAGAAAGGAACCUCUCUCAUUCUUCCUCCGUCAUGGGCAUCGACACCCGCAGACCCAUCCUACCAGCCCCCACAGAAUCUAUUAUCGACACUACUGGCAGCAGUGUUACAGGCACUGAUUUGGCAACUGACAUCUCUCGCCGCACAGACAAGACGUCCUAUUCUAUCCCGGACGACGGGAGACCCGUCACAAUUUCCACUCAUCGGAAACACCGCGUCCGAGGGGACGAGUCCAAACUGUCCCGCUCGGCGCAUCACUCCCAGACCUCCCUGCUCAUCGAGUACUUCGAGGGUGGGAAGGGUUCUGGCUCAAUAGUCUCCCGACCCAGUGUCCGCGUUCGAGUCACUCCAUCAUCAGGCAAGAAGUCAAAGGACCCAAGUAUCCAUAUCACCGAGUCUAGCGGCAACAAGAGGCCUGCUUAUUCCCGCCGGAUUUCCUUAGGCUCUCCCUCCAAGCACAAGUCCGUCGAGACUGGCGCCGAUGACCAAAGUUAUACCUCCUCUAAUUCAGCUACCGAUGAGAAUCGCCAUUCCGGUCCAGUGGAAAUCGAGCUUUUGAAUCGUGACCAGGCCAGCGAGCUCUCCAGUCUGUCUCGUGACCGCAGGUACCUCCCAACUUCCGAUAUCUCGUCGAUGCCGGCGGAUAGCAUGCUAGAAGCUCCAUCGUCUGGUCCACGACGGAAACGCAGCCAAAGUUUGGAGAGAGAAGCGAGUGAAGAGCCCCAAGACUACCUGAAGACUCCCACUCGACAAAGGAGCCGUAGCCUGAGCACUGAACGUAUCGCAGCACGCGCAGCAGAGAAACUUAGUAAUUACCCUCGCGAGGUUUCCAGCAAACGUAACCGCUCGGAGAAGAACAGAGACCUCCAAGAGGCGGCGGAUCUGAAAUCUCCACGGCGCCGUGGACAUCAUCAUUAUCAUUAUCAUUAUCCACAAGACGACGAUAUGGUCAGCCCCGAGUCCAGUUUGCUCAGCGCCUCCGCUGUAUCCUCUCACCGUCGUUCGGGUGACCAGUACUCCUUCCGCUCCAAUACGUCCAAAUCUUCACUCAACAACCCCAAGCUCCUGGAAACUGUCGAAGAUGCUAUCCGCAGGUUGAUCUUACCGGAACUUAAGGAGCUCAAGAAAGACCAAAAGGUGAUUUCCAACACAUCGAAAUUCGAGCGGGACGUGAAUGCGUCGUACUCGUCAGCCAGCUCUCCAUCCCCUCGGGAUGGGCUCGGGAGGCGACUGUCUAAGCAUGCCAGUGCGCCUGAUGUCCGAAAGCCCAAGAUUGUUCUCAACCAGGAUAGUCAAGAUGAGGGCAUCACCCUUGCGGGCGAUUCUGGUUCGUCGCAGAAAGAGCGGAGGGCGAGCAGGGAUAGCCAGGCAACCACCACAGAUGCGGGCUACGUGAGGGGUCUUCGACCAGAGUUGACUGAGCAAGACAAAAUUCGCCGGCAGCGGAGUAAAGGCUUGCGCGAUGCUGAGAAGGCCGCAAUUGUUGGAAGUAGACUGACGGCCGCCAAUCUCAAGCACCAUGAUUCACGUUCAAGUCUUGACAAAUACGACGAAAUGGAAGAGCGGGCGCCGAAAGGCAUCAAUGAAACGGAGUUGGUGUUCCAGAAACACAAUAUAGCACCUAUGCCGCUACGCAGUGCAAUUGAAUCGGACAUGACGAGGAACUCCCUUUUGUCUGAGCGAACGCUAGAGCCUGAAACCCACGAAGAAUUUCUCCGCGCCUCGGUCGGCCCCCACACCCCAAAUCGGACUCCUCUUGGCUCCCGACAUGACCUCGCGCUGAAGCACAGUAAUAUGUCCAGCCAUAACUUGUCAAUUCACAGCGCCUCGGACAAUGGCCAUCGUGAUUGGAGUCAUUCUCCUCCGGGAGAAGCGGCCGCUGGCGCUGUCGCCGCCGCCGCCGCCGCCAAUCUCCUGGAUGCCCAUUUGGAUCACCCUGAGCUUGAUUCGGGCGAUCAUCUCAGCCCCAGGCGUGCUCUCAGCCCAAUUCAGAGCGUUGCGAGCAACCAGAGCGAAUCCCAUGUUAGACUCAACGCAACGCAACACCUUCCCCGGGGGUAUUCUGGAGACGAAAAUGAGCUUGAGCCUCGCCUUUCCAUUGACUCGCUUUCCUCAGCUCCCAGCACAAGCCUCGCCCGCUCCAAACGCCCGGAGGGCAUCAGCGUGGUGAGCCAGAGUGAGAUCCUUCGAAACCAGAAAGAGGCUGGCCCAGAUCUUGGCUAUGAGGAAUCUUCUGUGCUGUCUCCACAAUCUAUGAGAGACCAACACUGGCUUGAUGAAUCUGAGGGAGAAGAGGAUCUCUAUCCACACUCGAUGGCGGAAUCCCUGAGUGCCGACGCUAAGCAUCUAAGCAAUUAUGCCGAUGACAGUGAAGUCGACUUCAUGGCAACGGCGAACCAAGGUCGCCCUGUUGCCGAGGGGAUCGGUGCAAAUCCCCGGUUUAUCCAUCCGAUCGCCAUCGAGUCCGCUGUGGCUUCGCUUCUGGACCCGUCGAUUUUGGACCCGUCGAUUCUGGAUACCAAGUCUAACCAGUCUGGGGUCAAUCGGUCGCAGCCAAAUUUGCCGGUCGUACCGGAAGCUGGCCCCACGCGGUCCUUGGAGCCACUCGACGAGAUGCAGGAGGAAAUAUCUAGCACUCCUCGUCAAGGCAGCCCCUUGAAGCAACGCCAGGAUGCCGCGAGCCCGGACGCAACCUCCUUCCCCAGACGCAUGGGGGCCACCUCCCCGCCCCAGAGUGUCACUCAGUCCCUGGAGGAUCUCACGGAGCAAACGCAUAUCUUCGCUACUGAGCAUGAGCCUGAGCAUGAGAGCGAAAGCCCCAUCCCUCAAGCUGGCGAUAGAAGCCCGGAUUCUGAGUCGGAGAUCAACACGAACCCCUCCAUCAUCCAGGGUCCUAUUGGAGGGGUCGCCCACGAUAAUCACUGGCCGUACAACUCAUCGUCCCAAAAAGCUGGCCAAUCUCCGCUUUUUGACCAAGUGGGUGCCGCGGCUGCUGGUGCCGGUCUUGGCCUGGGUGCCGUUGACCAGUCGGGAUACAACGACUACUACCCAUCGAACGGAUACAAUGCGAACAACUACAUUGAAUCACAGUAUCCAAGGGGACCCGCGUUUGGGACUCCUCCCGGAGUCAAGGAUGAAGGCUACAUGUCUGCUGCCCACCCUCUGUCUCCUAGCCCUGAGCCGGCCACCAAGGGGCUUGGUGGGGGAGUGGACAGCAACGGUUUUGGUCUAUUUGAUAGCCCGACUGGAGUUGAUGAUAAUAAGUUUGGGCCCUCGCAUCAACGACACUUCAGUGGCUACUCGCAUGGUGUGGAAUCGCCCUUGUAUGAUAGUGCAACUGGAAAGGGAAUCGACCGUAUCCAGUCCCAGGAUAUCGUCGCCCUGAUGGAUCAUCUUACCGUUCGUGACGCUCAGCGCAAUGCCCGCGAUACAGAGAUUUUAGUGACUCUCGUUCGAAGCGCUGCUGAAAUGCGCAAUUCCUUCGAGGAGAUGAAGAAGUUCAUCGCACUGCAAGACGGAUUGCUGCAAGAUGCCAAUGACCGACAUCACGAACGGACACACAAGGCUCUCGGCGGCCCUCGCCCACUACCGGCUAGUGGAGCCAGAAGCACCCGCCAGGCUUCCGUGGAUGAUGAAGACCUUCCUCAAAAGAGGAAGAACCUCUUUAAGCGGGCACUCAAGGGACUGAGCCUGAAAUCCUCCAAUGACCUGACCAGGAUCGAAGAAAUGCUGGAGCAGCUCCUCGACGAGGUUGAAACUUUGCGGGCUAACCAAGAUGACAUGCUUCGCAGCAGUGGAAACCGAGCGCCUCCUAGCGUGGACCUCGAUGGCUACGAACCGGAGGGACUUGCAGGAACCUCUUCUCCUGGCGACCAUUCUGGGUACCUCUCGACUUCCUCUCGUCCUGUUGCAAUGGGACCCCGCGGCCCAGAAAACCGUGUGAGCACUGUUCCAGAAGCGGAGGAGGAGGAUGAGCAAAUCGACGAGCGGGGAGAGUUCUUGAGCCCCCCAUUGCUGUCGCAGGAGAGCCCAGAACAUCGACAGGAGCGAGCGGGGUCUGCAUCUCUCUCAACUCCUCCUCGCGGCGCGGUUGCCUCGGGUGCUCUCAGUAAUAGCAACGAGACUACCCCGAAGACCAACGAAAAGUCCCGCAAGCCCAAGUCUAGCAGCUCGUCCUUCUUCCCGAAGAUCUCGCGCUGGUCCAAGACCACUGCGUCGUCUAUGGGAGAUAACAUUCGCAAUAGCAUCCAACCCGGACGCAAAGAACGUGCGUCUUUUGAUGCAUCCCGUUCCGGGUCAGACAUGGGGAAUGGCGCUUACAAGACGACCGAUUAUUACGAUCCUCAAGCGGAUGACCGAAUCCGGUCUACAUACACUCUUGAGGAUGGACAGCACCAAGAGAACCGACCCCCGUCACCUUUGGUUCCCUCUCAGGUCUCCGAAGCCCCAAAGUACCGGGCACAUCGGGACAGCCUCGACCUCCAGCAUCCUCAGCCACGCCAGGGGCCGACUGGACGGUACCAGUCUCACCUGGAGUCCCAGGCACAGGUCUAUGGUGCACCCACAUCAGGAUCUCAGGCAGACCAAUGGGGCUCCAAUCCUAGCUUCUCCGCUCUCAAUGGCAACCGCCGAUAUAGUGGCGGCAGCCGUCUCUCCCCAAUUUCCGAUGCAGGUUAUUCCGAGACCAAUUCACGCGCUGGACGACAAGCAGGUCCCCCACGACCCCCGAAGGUCAAGGAUGAUGGACCGUUGUUUCCGGAGAGACCUUCCAAAGUCAAGGAAGGAGAUGAGCAGUCUUAUGUGGAACGUGUAGCUUCACGGGUAUGUUUCCCUAGCCCCUCUUUCCCCAUCCAUGAAUCAAUUGCCAACUCAUUGAUUUACAGAGCUCUGUAAUUCAAUCUCCCCGCAACACGCCGCCUCCACGGAAGCCCACUGGACCUCGCCCUCUGAACUCCGGCAGUCAAUACAAUAAUAGCCCUAAUAGGAGGCGGAGAAACUACAGCCCUGACCAUGUUGAUGACGAGCAUGAAUAUUAAUCUCGAGUUUGACACUUGGGAUGGAACGAAUAUGCA